UGAGAAAUAUUUGAAUAUUUCUAAGAAAAUAAGUUGUUUGUCUUUCUUUUGAAAAUUUGAAAUGGACAAGCGUACUUUUAUUUUCAGAGUAAGUAAAUAGUAUACAACAAAAUAGUUUUACUGUCAGGUUGUAGUUAUUUCUCUCGCGAGAUCUGGAAAAGAGCUGGUUACUUGUUUCUCUCGCGAGAUUUGACAACACUGCGCGCGAACCAAACACGGCGAGGAUAAAGCAAGAUGGCGUCUGACGUUAUUGCAGUCGUCACAGUUCAGUGUUCCUAAUCUGUGCUGCCAUGCACACAAAUAUGUCCUUUAUUAGACUCUAGUAAAUAGAGUAAACAUCGUCAAUAACUGUUUGCAUCCGGUUAUAUUAGUCUGAGCGCACUUUGAUUCUUCUCGGGCUAGCAUAGCUUGCUAGUUAGCUUAGCUUGUUAGCUGCUAACAAAGAGAGGCGGAAGUGAUCAAAACACAUCGCUAAGCAGAGAUCAAGUGUGAGUGUAAAGUGUUGUGAUUUUGUGAAAAUGUGCGAAAGAACGAUAGCAGAGUACGAGGCGGAACUUUGUCCAACACAAGAGGAGAAGGGGCGACAACAACAAAAACAUCAAGUUGUGUUACACAGAACAGACAUCCAUCAGCUGAUUGAACACCAAGAAGAAUGUCUCCCUCAUCUGCAGGGGGACAGUUUCACUUUAGAGGAUCCACAGCCCUCACAUUUUAAAGAGGAAGAGGGGGGAGAGUGUCCUGUAGGGCAGGAGGAGGGGGAUCUCAGCAAGUUUCCACUGACUGUUGUCUUUGUUAAGACUGAAGAGCAUGAAGACAAACCACCUGAGUCCUCACAGCGUCAUCACAGUCCAAACGUUGAAGAAGAACCUCUACCCCAUGAGCAGGAGGAACCACAGUCCCCCCACAUACACAAGGAAGAAGAGGCACCACAUUACCAACACAUUAAAGAGGGAAGAGAGGAGCCACAGCCUCCCCACAUUAAAGAGGAGGACGAGACGCCACAGAUCCAUAAUGUUAAACUGAAACUUCACAUUAAAGGGCUAGCGGAGGGCCCACUGAUCUUACAUAUCAAAAAGGAAGAGGAUGAUCCACUGACACCUCACAUUAAAGAGGAAGAGGAGGACCCUCUGACCCCCUACUUUAAAGAGGAAGAGGAGGACCAAGAGCUGUUGCACAUUAAAGAGGAAGAGGAGGAACACCACAUCAGUCAGCCUAAAUGGUUAGAGGAGUUCCCAGUGACUGGUGUCCCUGUGAAGAGUGAAGAUGAUGAGGUCAGAGGUGAAAGUGAGGAGAGGGGAGGGGGGGAGCCUCCAAGCAGCAGCUCAACACAACACAUGACAACAGAAGCUGAUGGAGACCACUGUGGAGGAUCACAAGCAGACAAGCUCUUAGCUCCACUAUCAGAUAGUGAGGACACAACGUCACACUCUCCUGACACUGAUGAUGAAGACUCUAAAGAUGAUAAGACAUGUCACACUGACAACACACACUUCACAUGUUCUCACUGUGAAAAAACCUUUAAAUACCAUCAUCUUCUGAAAACACACAUGAGAAGACACACUGGAGAAAAAACAUUUAUAUGUUCAAUCUGUAGUAAAGGUUUUGUAGAAAGUCGGUAUUUAAAAGUACACAUGAGAACACACACUGGUGAAAAAACUUUUUCCUGUUCAAUUUGUGGUAGAGGUUUUACACGAAGUCAAUAUUUGAAAGUACACAUGAGGACACACACUGGUGAAAAACAUUUUUCUUGCUCAGUAUGUGGUAAAGGUUUUACACGAAGUCAAUAUUUGAAAGUACACAUGAGAACACACACUGGUGAAAAACAUUUUUCCUGUUCCAUCUGUGGUAAAGGUUUUGUAGAAAGUCGCAAUUUGAAAAGACACAUGAGAACACACACGGGUGAAAAACCUUUUGUCUGUUCAAUCUGUAGUAAAGGUUUUGUAGAAAGUCGCAAUUUGAAAAGACACAUGAGUACACACACGGGUGAAAAACCUUUUGUCUGUUCAAUCUGUAGUAAAGGUUUUGUAGAAAGUCGCAAUUUGAAAGUACACAUGAGAACACACACUGGUGAAAAAUAUUUUGUCUGUUCAAUCUGUGGUAAAGGUUUUACACAAAGUCAGAAUUUAAAAGAACACAUGAGAACACACACUGGUGAAAAACCUUUUGUCUGUUCAAUCUGUGGUAAAGGUUUUAAAGAAAGUCGACAUUUGAAAAUACACAUGAGAAUACACACUGGUGAAAAACCUUUUGUCUGUUCAAUCUGUGGUAAAGGUUUUAAACAAAGUCGACAUUUAAAAAUACACAUGAGAAUACACACUGGUGAAAAACCUUUUAUCUGUUUAAUCUGUGGCAAAAGUUUUGUACAAAGUCCCCAUUUGAAAGUACACAUGAGAACACACACUGGUGAAAAACCUUUUUCUUGCGCAGUAUGUGGUAAAGGUUUUGUUCUAAGUAAACAUUUGAAAGUACACAUGAGAACACACACGGGUGAAAAACCUUUUGUCUGUUCAAUCUGUGGUAAAGGUUUUACACAAAGUCAGAAUUUAAAAGAACACAUGAUAAAACACACUGGUGAAAAACCUUUUUCCUGUUCAACCUGUGGUAAAGGUUUUACACAAAAUCAGAAUUUGAAAAAACACGCUAGAACACACCCUUGUUAAAAAUCAUAUUCCUGUUUAAUCUGCAACAGAAGUUUUUGUCAUCGAUCAAACCUUGUUAGACACAUGAGAAGACACCCAGGAGAGAAAGUGUUGAGUUGCAGUGUGUGUGGUGAAAUAUUCUCUUCUAAGUACCAGUGUAAGAAACACAAGUGUGCUGGUGAGAAGAGCAGCAGCAAAUGAAACUGCAGGAUUUGAAACAGACUGUCAAGACUUUAAUUUUGACUUUCUAACAACACCAGCACAUAUAACAUAUGUGACAUUGUUGUUUGUGGAACAAUCUGUUUAAUAUGCUUCUGCAUUUAUAGAUUAGAUAUUGAUAUUAGUGCUUUUUUCAGUCAAGCAUAUGCAUCAAUAUAGGUGAGAGUAAACAGUAAAAUACAUAUUUUACAUGCAAUAAACAUUUUGUGUGUAUGUACACACACACACACACACACACACACAUAUAUAUAUAUGUGUAUAUAUAUACAUCAUUUAUAUAUAUAAAAAAAAAAAAAAUAUAUAUAUAUAUAUAUAACUUCUAAUUGUUAAUAAUCCCAUAGAUUAGCACCUUUAUAUGAUAUACAUAUUUACUGGUUCACAUCUGAAACACCUUCUGGACCACUUCAGGAAGCAUAUUAUUAUUUACUUUAUACAUCAUUUGAACAGUUGUCUUUCAUACCAUUUUAAAAUGUGUGACUUUUUGAAUCAUCUAUUGGGUCUCUUUAAUCUAGUUUAAUCAUCAUCGUUAUUACUCUGUAUUAUGAUGAUUGUGUUGUGAUUGUUUUAUAUGUAUGUCCCCAGACCUUUAUGCAAUAUAAAAGUGAGAGAAAAUGGCACAAAAAAAAUUGUGAAAGGAUGGUUUUGUUUUUACAAACUUACAUUUGUGGAUACAUCAAAUAAAUCCAGUAUUGCGUUUUAAACAUUUUUUUAAUGUUUUUUUUCCUUUUUCAACAUCCCCAAAACAACAUCAAUAUAAGUCAAAGUUUAAAGUGUCAGGCAAAAGCCAAUAUUGUACAUCAUCCCACAGAGAUUUACUUUGCAUACAUUCUUAAAAUAAACUAUUUAUUGUGUUUCCCA